UGACGUUCUUCUCUAAAUGAAGGCUUCAUAUCCAAACAAAGAAAAUGUGGUGUGCUUUAAUAGGACCCAGAACUCUGAGUGAGACCCCAGAGAGAAUAGAAAAGACAAAACCUAAUGCUUUCUCUCUGCCAUUUCCUGAGAUACAUGAUUUUUUAACAGAGUAGUUACAAGUAGCUGUGUACAUUAUGCAUUUAACAGUCUGCACUGAACUUCUGUUGUGUCUUUAUGAGGAUUGAGAAAAGUUGAAAGCUAAGCAGCAUGCACUCUAUUUUUAAAUGAGAUAUCUUUAAGAUUAGACUCAUUUUUUCGACAGUCUUUGAAGGCAGCAUCAGGAAACCACCUUCCUGCAUGCAGCUUUUAUCCUUACCGAUGUUUCAGCCUUCAUAACUAAUAAACACAGCAGAAGGAUGAGGGUUAAGAAGUUCAUAGAAUGAUUUCGAUUUAGACUUCUAAUGUGAAAAAAGAAAAACAGUCCAAACACACAUUAGUUGAAGACGAUAUGUUUUUCGUUAUUGAGACAGAUUCAUAUUACCUGUGCUGGAAAUAAGCCAUUUUUUUUAAAAUUACAAAUUAAACAGCUCAAGGGAAAUUCCUGAAUGACCUUUUCAUACGCUCUAAGCAUUCGCCUUAAAAAAAGUGAAACAUUAAAUCUUUUUAUUUUUUUCAAACACGAGUAAUAAAGCUCCUGUGCAAACCUGGUGCAAACACAUCACGUUAUUUGAGCUGCGCCAUUCUGACGAGGAGGUAAAGAAGUCGCUGCAGGAAGCCCUCGGAAAGGUCACAUAAAGAACUUCAGGGUGACUGAAGACAGUCGAAGGAGAAAAUGUCUACUGAAAGAGACAAGCUGCAGGAGAUCUUGUGCAGCUACACCACAGAAACCCUGGUCCACAUCAACACGGUGAAAGGAUUCACUGAGGGCAUCUCUGAUUGGACAGAUAGAAGGACUGCAGAAGUGUCCAAAAUGAAGGACUUUAAGACCUCCAAUCACAAACCUGAAAAACAGCAGAAGGAGCUGGAAGCUGUGCUGAUGGACACUCUGGUCGGCCUGGAGAAGCUGGACCUCUUCCUGGAUGCAGUAGAGAAGCUGGCGGUCACCUCUCUUCAUGUGUACAUCGAGGGGAACCAGGUGUUACAUCUGCCAGAGGAGGUCAGUCUGGAGCAUGUUCAGGCUGUUAUUAUCGCUGCACGACAGAUCUGCCCUCUGCUGCUUGAGUUCAAAAGAGAUGCACAAGCCUUCUUCCUUCCCAAAGUGCUGAAUGUGGAAGUGCUGGCAUAUCAGCUGGAUAGAUACAUCCAGACCACCGCAAGGAUCUGUGAGGACUUAAAGAUCAGUCAUCUUCCUCUGGGACCAUCUCCAAACAUCGUCGUAAACCUGGAUGAGACAUUCUCUGAAGAUGACAUUCAAAGGAUGCUUCUUCAUAUUAAUCAUCUUACUGACAUCAGGAUGGACUCGGACUUCAGGCUGGUGUUCUUGUUCCAGGAAGUGUCAUGUACUGGCUUUAUCAAAGAGUUCACCAAGCUGCUGCCCAAGAUGUUGCAGUUCCUCGAGGACCAGGAGAAGAUUGCUGAUCUGCUGAACUCUGUUAACAAGGACGGAAAGAUCACCAGCGUUGCGGGCAACUCAUUGGGGGUGAUUGGAGACAUACUCACCAUUAUUGGUUUGGCGUUGGCUCCUGUAACAGCUGGAGUGUCGCUAGGUCUUACUUUUGGUGGGAUAGGAUGUGGUAUUGCCAGUGGAGUUAUAGGCAUAACUAAGGUAGGAACAGAAAUUGGAGUAAACCAUGUACAACUGAAGAAAGCGAACAGAUUGCUCCAGACGUUUAUGGAGGAUGUGCAACAUCUCCAUGAUUGUCUGAGCGAGGUCACCACUCAAGCUGUCCAAAUAGAAGUCAGUCAGACAGAAGUGGCUAUGGGGGUUGGCAAGAUUGCUGGUAGACUUUGUACGAUUGGAAAUGGCAUUGAUUCUCUUUUUGAUACAGCCUCUGCUGUUGAGGUGUUGAAAAGUCAGAAAGUGAUUGAAAGUGCUGGGAGGGUGGCGGCUCAAGAGAGUCAGGUGUUGCGUAAUGUGCCCAGGGUGGUCGCAGACAUCCCAGACAUCGGGCAGGCGACUCUUAGAGGGCCUCUCGCCCUCUCCAAGAUGGCUAGAGCCGGUCUCAUCGGGGCUAAUGUGUUUUUUCUCGGCCUGGAUGUCUUCUUCAUCUGUAAAGACAGCGUUAGUCUGGCUAAAGGCAGUGAGGCUAAACUUUCGCAGUCCAUCAGGGCUAGAGCGGCACUUUGGCGCUCAGAGAUCAACGCAUGGGAGAAGAUCCAUGAUUCCCUGUGUGAAGGUCUGCUGACGUCAGAGGCAAACAUGGCUGUUCUGUUCAAGCCAUUUUACCCAAUAGCUGGUUUGGCUGACUUCAGUGCUUGAGCUGUACUAUAAACAUGGAGAAGAUCAGCUAAGUAAGAUGGCACCAAUCCAUUGAGGGCCUUGUGUGUUAAAAACAACAUUUUUAAACUCAAGCAGCAUUUUGAGCAAGCUGUAGGCACUGAAGAGAUGACUGCUCCAAGCCCACAUACAAAGAAUCACAAUAGUCAAGAUGUUAUAAAGGCAUGUUUCACUCUCCCUGUGUCUUAAAGAGGGGAAAUAGGCCUUUAUCUUAGCUGACAGUCUCAACUGGAAGAAUAUGCAACAACAGAAGAAAUUUGUCAAAUUUAAAAGCAUUGUCAAAAUAAACACCUCUUAACAGGAGGAUGAAUACUAGCAGCUAGAGCUAGAGGACCAAAAGUGUUCACAUCGAACUGUUGAAGAUGUCCAAACACUAUGAACUCGGUCUUAACUUCAUUCAGACACUUGAACAAGGGCUGCAGCGAUCCUUUCCUGUUCAACCUCAAACAUAUAUAUUCAGCAAAGCAAUGGUAUGAAACAUCAUAUUUCUUGAGAAUAGACUAAAAACACUGAAAUUAUCCUUACCAUUUGCUCUUUGUCCGUAUUUUACUCAAAUUUUCAAAACAUUGUAAGUAGGGUAUUCUAAAUAUUCUGCACUUCUGUACAGUUUUUAAUUAAAUUUUCAUUCAGAAUGUAUUUCUUACUUUCUAUUAAUACUUUAAUAUUCUUCUUUAUUGUGUAUAAGAGCAAAUGCAAUGACCGAAUUUCUGAUUCUGAUACCUUAUGCUAGGCUCUAAUACUACGCUGAGGUGAAGCUGAUAUAAUACAUAGACUGUAUAAAAUAUGGACGUAGUAUCCGUGACGUUACCCAUCUGUUUCUGAAGCUCUGUUUGGAGGUCAAUCGUCGGUGGGAGCCAUGUUGCCGCUGUCGAGCGAUUGUGACGUAAAGAGGCGGGCUUUGAGCCUCCUAGCCAACAGCUACAGUGUUCCUGCCUGUCAAUCUAGUCAGCUGUGCCUCUCAUUGGAAGACUCUUAAUAUCUUCAAAAUUGCUGUGUUAGAAAAAAAUUCACCCCCCUCACAGUGUGUGACGAUCUAGAAAUGAGCUAUCCAGACUACACUCUUCUUUUGUACCAGGCUGUAAACAUGUUUAUUUCUGCUGUAAAGAUCGGCUUUUUUGAAUGGGUGUGUAUGUGGUUUCUGGUACUUCCGGAGCCAGCCUCAAGCGGAUCCUCGAUGAACUGCAGUUUUUAGCACUUCUGCAUUGGAUAUUUUUAGACUGGAGGUUGCCGCUUGAUAUGAUGCUGCAAUAAAAAGGCAUUAAAGAAUCUUAUUCUGCUGUAAAUAAUACUAUAAACCUUUAAAUCACCAAGUUAACCUCUCACAUAAUGAAGUUUUCUGAUUCCGAAAACAUCCUUCAAACAUGUAAUUAGGGUUGCCAACUGUCCCGUAUUAGCUGGGACAUCCAGUAUAUUGGGCUAAAUUGGUUUGUUUCAUACGGGAUCUCAAUUGUCCCGUCUAUUGACUAUUAUUGUAAAUACAGCAGACUGCACUCCACAGAUCCUAGAUCAGGUUAAACCACAGUGGAUCAUGUGCCAAUCCCACCGCCUGUCAUCCAAUCACAGGCCACCUCACGAGCAUCAGUUGUAUACAGCGCAAAUGCGCCAAGUCCUGCGAAAGAGUGGGGAGAUGAUUUUCUCUCUGAAGGCCAUUAAAUGGUCAGACUCAAGAAACAGAUGCAGCACAGAGCUGAUCAAAAAUAAACUUCAAAUAUCUGUAAACUAUGACUUGUCGUAUAAGGACUUCUCUCUGGCUGUGCAAAGGGACAAAAGACUGCUUGAGUCGGUCAAGAGGAGCAAAAAGUAUCCAAAGAUAGUAUAUUUGGUGAGUCAUACUCCUCUUUUGCAUUUAAUUUUUCUUUUGCCUGUUUUUGAUGUAAAGAGCCAAACUGUGGUUUCUUUGAGGUUUAUUCAUAUGAGGUUACAUAAUGAUACAGUAAGGAUUAAAGGGAAAAUACACACUUUCUGCAUUUCCAGUUGAAUCAGAACAUGAACGCUGAAUUCACACAUCAUGCUCACACCACCAUAGCACCGUGCACUUGUCCCUUAUUAGGUAGUGAGAAAGUUGGCAACCCUACAUGUAAUUCAACUUUUUUUAUUAUGUUCAUGUCUCCUCGCCUAUUUAAUCACUUGUAAUCAUUUUAUUGAUUAAAAAUAAUAAUAAAACAGUGUACCCAAA